GUAUCAAUCAAUCAAUAUCAUGGCGUGACGACGUCGAAGAGACGCCACUAUCCUUCUGAGCUAAAGGAUCAGCCACUGAUUUCUUCUUCUCUAUCAAUCCCUCCAAAAUCCAUGGACGGAAGCCACCGUUGCUCUGCUAACUACGUUCCUCUCACUCCAAUCUCCUUCUUGGAGCGCUCUGCCGCCGUCUAUGGUGACCGGAUUUCUCUUGUCUAUGGACGCGUUCAGUAUACUUGGCGAGAUACGCUUCAGCGAUGUACCAGGCUCGCUUCUGCUCUUGUUCGUACGGGAAUCGCUCGUGGAGAUGUGGUUGCUGCCUUGGUACCGAAUAUUCCAGCUAUGUACGAGUUACAUUUUGCUGUACCAAUGGCUGGUGCAGUUCUUUGCUCCCUCAACACACGCCAUGAUGCAGCAAUGGUUUCAACAUUGCUAAGCCACUCAGAAGCUAAAAUUAUUGUUGUAGACUACCAGCUUGAACAUAUCGUAACCGGAGCAAUUAAAGCCAUGUCCGAAAGGAAAGAAAAGCUACCUCGUGUCGUUAUUAUUCAAGAGUAUGAUCAGCCACCUUCCCGCAUCGAUAGACCGGGAUCUGCUUUAGAAUAUCUGGAGUUUGAGAGCUUUUUAGCAUCUGGAAAACUCAAUUUUGAGAUUAGGCGACCUAGGGAUGAAUUGGAUCCAAUUGCUCUUAACUAUACUUCAGGCACAACAUCGAGGCCAAAGGGUGUUAUUUUCUCCCAUAGAGGCGCAUAUCUCAAUUCCCUAUCUGCAGUCCUACUGAAUGAUAUGUGUUCACUUCCUGUGUAUUUGUGGACUGUUCCAAUGUUUCAUUGCAAUGGAUGGUGUUUAACUUGGGGCGUAGCUGCACAGAGCGGCACAAACAUCUGCCAGAGAAAUGUGACUGCCAAAGAAAUCUUUGAUAAUAUUUCUCUGCAUAAGGUUACUCAUAUGGGCGGUGCACCAACAGUUUCGAACAUGAUUAUCAAUGCACCAAUUAGUGAACAGAAGCCACUUCCCAGGGAAGUAACUAUGAUGUCUGGUGGCGCUCCGCCGCCUUCUCAUGUACUCUAUAAGCUUAAAGCUUUGGGAUUCCGUAUUGUCCAUUCAUAUGGUUUAACUGAAACAUAUGGGCCGGCAACAGUUUGCUCUUGGAAGCCUGAAUGGGAUUCUCUACCUCAAGAUAAACAAGCAAAACUAAAUUCUCGCCAAGGAUUGCAGCAUAUUGGGCUAGAGGCAGCAGACGUAAAGGAUCCUGUCACAAUGGAGAGUGUUCCAGCUGAUGGGAAAACCAUGGGUGAAGUUAUGCUGAGAGGCAAUACUGUGAUGAGUGGAUAUUUGAAAGAUCUCAAAGCCACACGGGAAGCGUUUAAUGGCGGAUGGUUUCGAAGUGGGGACUUAGGAGUCAAACACCCUGAUGGUUAUAUAGAAUUGAAGGACCGUUCAAAGGACAUCAUCAUUUCUGGGGGAGAAAAUAUUAGCACAAUUGAAGUGGAGUCUGUUCUUUUCAGUCAUCCAUCAGUUCUUGACGCUGCUGUUGUGGGAAGACCUGAUGAUCACUGGGGAGAAACACCAUGCGCAUUUGUGAAGCUCAAAGAUGGGUGCAGUGCUACUGAAGGAGAGAUCAUAAAAUUCUGUAGAGAACACCUACCUCAUUACAUGGCUCCACGAAGUGUUGUAUUUAGGGAUUUACCUAAAACUUCUACAGGGAAAACUCAAAAAUUUAUUCUCAAGAAGGAAGCCAAAGCCAUGGGUAGCCUUCCAAAACGGGUUAGUAAACUGUAAAUACAUUCUUGAAAGGGAAGGCAACGGUGUUGGAAAGGCAAUGAUGUUUGAAUAAUUAAGGUCCUUAUUGUUUGUGUCUUGAUUGGUAUCAAUUUUAGUUCUCCACAGAUGUGCACAGGCCUACAAAUCUUCUCUGUUUUGAUUGCAUUUAAUGUUGUACUUUUACAUUUUCAGGAAAAUUAAGAACAAAAAGAGAGUCUGUCUUAUUUCUAUUUAUUGAAGUUGUUGUAAUGGUACGAUUAAUAUUGCAUUUUUUUUCUUUCGACAAACAUUGGUCAAAUAUGUGAAAGUACAUAUUCAUUAUUACUACUUCCGGUUCUGGUACUUAAUUUUGAUCUUUCACGGA